CACACACCGAAGUGGUGUCCUCGUCAUCGCGUUGUCGUUUUCGAAGGAAGCGAGAGUUAUUGCACUUUUUGGAUUGUAAAGUUUAACGUUAUUUAUUGUAGGGUUUAGGUUUAUUUAAUAUCUUCCGAAUGUUUCUUUAUGUUUAAGGUUUAGAAUGGAAAGUUUAUCGUGGAUGAAUGGAACGAACCAAAUUGCACAAGCAGGUCAAUGGGGCCAACAGUAUGGUGGUAAUGGUAAUAACAGUACUGCAACAGGUGCUAGCAAUGAUGAAUCACAGAGCAUUAAUCAAAGCUGGGAGAUCGCUAGGAAAGCCCUGGAGAACAUAACGGGGGCGUCCUCUAAAGCAUCAAAUGCUAAGGAGAGCCCCAAGAAGACCCCAGGACCUAAGCAAGCUAUGCAGACUCAAGGUGCCUCCAUGCAGUCAAACAUGUACACAGGCCAGGGAAUGCAGCCAGGACCGAUGCCAAAUAUGGCAAACCCAUAUAAUUCCGGGAAUUUUUAUAAUCCCAUGGGACAACCUCCUCCUGGAAUGUAUCCACAUCAUUACGGAUACAACUACCCGAUGCCUAAUAAUGGAAUGAAUCCGUACGGAGGCAACAUGAUGGGUGGUAACCAAUAUCAUCAACAGCAGAUGUACAACCAAGGAUCGUUUGUUCCACAAUACACAUCGUUUGAACAACCUGCAGGGAACUUUCAACAGCAGCACCAACAGCACAAUAAUAAACCAGGCUCUGAUGAAUACAGUGCGAAUAUGCACAACCAGAAGGAGCAGGCGGCUAAUGGUCCUAAGCAGGGCAACCGGAUCAACCAUAGCGGCACACCAGUGAAGUACAACAACCAAGCUGACACCAGACGAAUGGGUUUCAACCAACAGGCCAGGAAUAAGGGGGGCAAUCAUGCUGCUUCGCAAGAGAAGCAAUCGCCUGCGUGGGUGAACAAGAAACAAGCACCAGGUUCAGGUAAUAUUAGAUUUAGCUUUCCUUCUCAGAGGAUACGCCCAAAUUUUGUAGGUUUUUCCAGCGAUACCAAUGAAGCUGGAGAGAAAGAUGAAAACGCAUCGAAUAUUAAUAAGUAUAACCAACUGCAGAAGCCAACACAUAAGCUGACACCAAACGCGAACAAAUUUCAGGCGAUGAAUAGGACGCCUUUAAACAAGCAGUUACCUAUCACCAACCAACCUGUAAAGAAACCCAACAAGCCAUCUGCUGCCAUAUCACCAGGUGAAUGGCCAGACAGUUUAAAGAAUUACGUGCAACGGGCAUUUGCAUCAUGCGAGUCAGAAAGUGAUAAGGACAUUGUAGAAUCAACACUAAAGAAGAUCUUGACAUCAGCGUUUACAGACAGCACAGCAUGGAGCAAAAAUUGGGACAAAGAGCCGUUACCUUUAGAGAAAGCCAAGAUAAACCAACUUAGGUCAUCACGUUGGGACACAGAUACCACAUCUCCACAGCAACGGCCACAACAAACGACGACACCACAUAAGCAAGGGAACCAAAACAGAAACAUUUCCCAAAAGAGCCCAGGCUUUUCGCGUACGGAGCGUAGACCGUACAGCUAUGGGUUCAGACGGUCCAGCAGGUCAAGGUCGCGAUCUAGGUCAUGGGGUAGUAGGUCUAGGUCACGCUCGAGAUCUCGCAGCCGUUCACCAUAUGGAAGGAAAAGUCGUCGAAGACGAAGCGGAAGCACAAAUUCAGAUUCUGAUUCAGGAUUCAUUCCCGUAAGUAGUUCAUGGGGGAAGGGGCGAGGCAGGGGGCGUGGGAAGGGUAAAGGACAGGGCGGCAAGAAUCAAGGACAGCGUACUCCAGGCAAGAAAGGACAGAAGAAUAGGAAAGGACAGGCCCAAUCAUCCGUUGGGAUGCUGGAGUAUGGUGAUGAGGCAGAAAAAUCUCAUAGGUUGCAGAAAAGAGCGGCUCGCUUCUGUGAUAUGAUUGGAGGGGGGCAACGAAAACAGAGGAAGCAAGCUCUAAAACUUGAUAUCAACACAUACCUUAAGUUCGAUGAGGGAAUCGAAUUGAACGAUCAACCUAUAUUAGGAACAUGUCAGAGUUUGACUAAACAGUAUUUACGUCUGACAUCGGCACCACAUCCGUCAACAGUUAGGCCGGUUCCAGUUCUUCGCAGGUCACUGCAGAUGGUGAAGCAGAGGUGGAAGAAGGAUGCGGACUACAACUUUGUCUGUGAACAGCUCAAGUCUAUCAGGCAGGAUCUUACAAUUCAGUGUGUUAGGGAGAAAUUUUCUGUUGAAGUCUACGAGACGCAUGCAAGGAUAGCUUUAGAAAAGGGUGACCGUGAAGAGUUCAACCAGUGCCAGACGCAGUUGAAAGCCUUGUAUCUAGACCAUCCAGGACACAAUGAGGAUGAGUUCACAGCAUAUAGGAUUCUCUAUCAAAUUCUCACCAAGAAUACACUCGAAAUGGCAAACAUGUUAGGGUCCUUGACAGACGAGGCUAAAAAAGACGAAAGCAUCAGGCAUGCACUGGAAGUGCACAGUGCCUGGUCUUAUUGUAACUUUCACAAACUCUUUCUCCUAUACAGACAAGCCCCUAGAAUGUCCCCAUACAUGAUGGAUCUAUUUAUUGAUAGGGAACGCAAGUUGGCGUUGCAGGCUUUAAUAAAAUCUUUCCGACCACAUCUACCGGUGUCGUUUGUUGAGAAAGAGUUGGCGUUUGAAGAUACAGCAGCGUGUGUUGCAUUUCUCACCGAGUUGGGGGUGACGAUGUCCCUAGACCAGGCCAACAUAGACUGCAAGCAGAGUAUGAGUGUGUUACAGUCCUAAUCCCAACCAAAUCAAAGAAAUGUAUUCCAAAUUUUGACAAAGCUGCAGUGCUUUUUCUGGGAGAAAUUAGCUUUGUUUUUUUUGCUCACAAUUGCCAUGGGAAGCAUUCAAAUGUAGUUGAAUGGUAGUUUGAAGAAUUCCAACGUCAGUCCGCGAUUGUCAUUUACAGAUCCCUUUUUAUUAAACCACCAGCAUGCAAAGCUAGGCUACGAUUUUUAUGCGAUUCCCAACUUUUUAUCAAGUGAAACCAGGGUACAUUUGUUCAAAAUUAUAUACCUUGUUUUAGAAGUACAUGUUCACUAAAAGUGUAAAGAAGUAAGUUAGUACUUUUAAAAUCAGAUAUUGCUUGUCUAAGCAUACAAAAAUGAUUUGCAAUUUCAGUGAAUGAAGAUCAAUUAUAUUUUGCCAGUAAUUGACCUAAUUAAAAUUCAGUUAUUUUAAUGGAAAUAAUGUCAGCGGGAGAAGAUAUCUACUCGUUUGAACUUUACUUUCUCCGUCUGAUUUGUAAGAAGAGUUAGCUGCAGCGUUUUUUGUGUGUAACAUCCAGCGGUGAGGUUUUCAAUUAUGGACAUAAAAAAACUGAAUUUGGUACCAGUUACAAUCUUCUAAUGGAAGUAGUGUCCUGUUAAUGAAAGUUACCACAACCAUAAGUCUCCGUCACAGAGUUGCGCUACCGUAAGCUAAUGCUAAAGAGUCGCUACAUACUUCCGAUCAUCCAUACUACAGUUAGCCAUUUAUACAAAUUUACCAACAUCUACGAUACCAAGAUCAUCCCGGACCUGUUCUGACAUAUUAGGCCAUAGAUCCUGAAAAUCCCUUACAGAUCUUCAAUGUCAAACCAUCAAAGAUCUCUACUGAUGUCUUCAGCCAUGAAUGCUGUUUCUUCUACAGAUCAUCAGUGUCGAACAUCAUUGACAUGUACUGCUGUAGCCAUCAACAAUCUGUAGUACAGUAAGCUAUUAAUGCAGAUUGACAUCACCAAACUUUCAAAGAGCAGUAGUAUAUGCCAUUGAUGUUGCUUCACCACAUCUACGAUGCCUGACUAUGGAAGAGCGACAUCCAAGACCUACAGUUGUCAAACCAAUCAAUAUCCGUAUAAGCAAUUACUGAAGAGUUGACACCACCAAACCAUCAACUAGCUGUACUACCAAGAUUAGUCUCCAAUGCCAAACCUUUUAACUACAUCGCCAUUACAUCAGAGAGUUGUUACUUCGCAAGCCAAUGGUAGAGAUUCACUGGACCUACAGGGUUGCUACGAAGUUGAAGCCAUCAGAGAUCAGGAUUUACCAGUGCAAUUAUUAAAAUAAGUCUUUACCACAUCUAUCAAAAAUGGAAUCACCAACAUAUCAACCAACCGGUGAGGUAAAUAAUCAAAAACGGAAAUUUUAGUUGAGUAUUUAUUAAAAUUUAAACGUCUUCACUCCUCACUAUCUGCUCUAUUAUCACACGGAAGGUUGACAAGUUCCGUAACCAUUACUGUCUGCGAAAUAUUUCUUCUAAUGUCACUCAUAUUUCUCUUUUAUUACUCAAGGUGCAAUGUGAGAGGUGGAAUUUUUGCAUUAUACAUGUAAAAUAUUUGCAUAUACUGUAUGGGGCUUGCCAUUCCAAAAUCAUACGUUCUGUUGCUAAUUGUUAAAUAAUGUAGCAGUAUUUGAGUACUUUAUUACAGAGAAGCUAUGAUACUUUUACUCAUAAAUUUGGCCGUAGUAAUUCAAUUCCAGGAAAUAACCAAUCAUUUUAAAGCAAUGUGGAGAAUAUGAAUACAGUUCGCUCUCCAAUUCGAUUCCACCUGUGGGACCUGAAAAUUUAGGGUGGUCUCGGGGUUCAUUCUCCUAAUAGAGUUCUAGCUUUUUUGUUAAAACAUUGAAGAUUGUUAUUUAGUUCUUUGAAAACGUGGUCUCGAAUUGAAGGGGUCUCAAAUUGAAGGGGGAAUGUACAUUAAAAAGUCAAUUUUUGUAUUUUGGUCACUAAUACUGGCUUUGGAAUAGCAAACCUCAUAUGCUGAUUAGUAAUAGUGUUGUGUGAAGCUGGUUUACAGUAUUAGAAUAAUUUUGUAUUGUUCAGUUUGUACCUUAGUCAAUAUAUUAUAUUACUUUAUUUGCUUUUUUUAUCAAAUGAAUUCCAUUAAAAUUUUAUGUACAGUAUUUUUAUAGUAAAAUUAAUUAACUGCUUUGUGAAUUAUUAUGAUUUCUAUCAAACUUUUUAAUGAAAUUUUGUAAGUACUUGGAUCACUUCAAUAAAGUGGCUCUCUUAUGAGUUUUACAUCUUAAGUAUAUACUGCUCAUAAACCAGAGGGUGAGUGGAGUUUGGGGGGGGGGGUGUGGGGAGAGACAUAAAUAAAUUCUAAAAUAAUGAAUUGCUCAAAUAAUAACUUUUGAUUUACUGAUAUAUUACUACAAGAAUCUCUAAAUUGAGUACAUUUAAAGGAGAUUCGCAAUAUUUAUUUGAUGACUAAGUUUUCUCAUUCAUAUUUUCAAUUUUGAUGAAUAAUUUUGAAUUUAAUGAAUAUAAAAAUGAACAUUUCAAAUUUUUAAUUAAUUAAAAUUGUUCAUGUUUUUUAGCUCAACAUUUAUGACAGUAUGUAUUUAAGCGAAUAAGCAAGCACAUAUUAAUUUAAAUAUUGCUAUAUAUUCCAUCAGAACGCUUACAUUACUGAGGAUUAAUUUUAGCGCCAAACUUGUGGGAGCCACUUUGAUGCAUGCAUAUUUUAUUUCAUGGGGAAUGCUUAACAGUUUUAUUGUUAUAUAUUAUGAUUUUUUUUUUUUAAUUCAUUGAUUAGAAUACUAGAAGCAAGAAUGAAAGCCCGAAAAUUUGCUAAUUAUAUCUAGGGGGGGUUUAAAUGUUUUGUUUUCAUUCUAAGGUUGUAAUGCAAGUUCGAUUAUACAGUACAUUAACAUUAGGUGUGCAUUUCAUUUUUUCCCCUUGGAAAAUAAUGCAGAUGUUUCUUCUCCCAUCCGCCCCCACCCCACAGAAUCCCUUGUACAUGUAUAAAUACAUCCUUCUGUCCCCUUGUUUAUGUAUUUAAUCGGGUAAGUACAGUAUUCAACUAUGUAAUGGUAGUAAGGCAACACAAUAUGAAAAUUUAAAAGCUUUAGUGUAUAUUGGCCCUUUACUUGAAUGCACUAAAUAUUUUUGUCUAUUUUAAUUCGUGUUUUUUUUUUUUUUAAGUCUUCGUUAUCUUUAUAUUUUAUGAAAUUGUAAAUUUUAAGUUUGUUAAAAGUGACUUUCUCAUAACGUUCGUCAUAGUCGCGUAUUACAUUUGAGGGUACGUAUGUGCGCGUAAAUAUGCCAAUAUCGUCGCAAAGACGUGAAAGCUUUUAUUCAGCAAGUUUUAAGGAGGAAUCUAGGUCUAAUUUAAUGACGUUAUCUUAUGAGAAAGUCACUGCAAACAUAGAUUUUCUAGCGUCGUACUGCUAAAUUAGUUUGGUACUUCAUCUAUCACCGAUUAAUACGUUGCCGCUGGUAAUACUGAGGGGGUGUUUUUUCACCCUACUAAUAUUGAGUAAACUUCUAUUUAGGAUAGGCUUACUUUAAUUAAUUCCAUAAUAUGAAUAUGUAAAUAACAAGUUACUGUGCUGAUUAAAGUAUGGCGUCAUGUAUAUUUCUGUAACAUAGCUGAUACUUUCAAUAUGACAACAACCAGAUGAAUUUCUUCAAUUUCAUACGAUUUACAGUAUUUAAUUCAAUCACAGAUUAAUUCUAGAUCUGUAAAUAAAAUUAUGUAAAUACAUAUUGCACAAAAAAUGAAAAGAAAUAAAAUACUCGAAAAGUGAA